UGCGAGCAUGCCGCAACGUCCACACUAAACAAAUAUAUUAUAAAUUUAAACUAAAAAUAAUUUUUAAAUAUUUUUAAUGGCUUCUUUGUUGUUCUCUCCUAUCUCAUUCUUACUACCUUCACAAAAACGAAUUUUCUCCUUCAUUUCCCUCGCUCCUCUCUUCUCUCAGAUUUACCAUAAACCACGCUCUGUUUUCACGGAGGCCUGCCGAUCCUCACGCAGCAGAACUCGCUGGAAAACGCAACAAAGAACCGGCAUGCCCACUGCUUUACACCCGCAUGCCCCCACUCUCCGCCGUGAAAGAAUGGACAAGCUACUUGUGGAUCACGAAUCGGGUGCUGGAGAAGGGGACAUGCUGUUGACAGAUAUAGAAAGAGAAAUUGGCUCUUCGGGUAAAAAUGCUGCACAGAAAAACAGAUCCCGUACUGGUGAAGUCAGAUUCUUUGGAGUGGAGUUGUCUCCGGAUAAUAUUGCGGUUGCCAUGGUAUAUUUUGUACAGGGUGUUUUAGGCCUUGCAAGGCUUGCUGUCAAUUUUUACUUAAAAGAUGAUCUGCAUCUGGAUCCUGCCGAGACAGCUGUAAUAUCUGGUUUUUCUGCAUUGCCCUGGCUUGUCAAACCUCUUUAUGGGUUUAUUAGUGAUUCUCUCCCACUUUUUGGUUACCGAAGGAGGUCUUACUUGGUUCUAUCUGGGCUUCUUGGUGCAAUCUCAUGGAGUUUGAUGGCCACCCUUGUUGACAGCAAGUACAGUGCUGCUUUAAGCAUACUUCUUGGAUCUGUUUCUGUUGCCUUCUCAGAUGUUGUUGUAGAUUCUAUGGUUGUGGAAAGGGCUCGUGGUGAGUCACAAAGUGUUUCAGGAUCUCUUCAGUCUUUAUGUUGGGGAUCCUCAGCAUUUGGUGGAAUUGUGAGCUCCUACUUUAGUGGCUCAUUGGUUGAUGCUUAUGGUGUAAGGUUUGUUUUUGGUGUCACGGCAUUGCUACCACUUAUAACAUCUGGAGUUGCUGUUCUAGUAAAAGAACAGCGCGUGGUUGGUCCAGCUUGGGAGCAGAAUUUUCCUUUAGGUGGCCCUGGCUUUCUUGAAAGCUCAAAACAAAACAUUAUUCAGUUAUGGUUUGCUGUAAAGCAGCCCAAUGUUUUUCUUCCAACUUUAUUCAUUUUCCUAUGGCAGGCAACUCCACAGUCAGACUCUGCCAUGUUUUACUUCACCACAAAUAAACUUGGUUUCACCCCAGAGUUUCUAGGGCGUGUCAAGCUUGUUACCUCGAUUGCUUCAUUGCUUGGUGUUGGACUGUAUAAUGGAUUUCUAAAAAAUGUUCCUCUGCAGAAGAUUUUUCUUUGGACAACCAGUAUUGGUACAGCUCUUGGGAUGACUCAGGUUUUCCUUGUCACUGGACUAAACAGGAAGUUUGGUAUAAGUGAUGAGUGGUUUGCAAUUGGGGAUUCUUUGAUCCUCACCGUGCUUGGUCAGGCUUCUUUCAUGCCCGUCCUUGUGCUCGCGGCAAGAUUGUGUCCGGAGGGUAUGGAAGCAACACUCUUUGCAACUCUCAUGUCCAUAUCGAAUGGUGGUAGUGUCCUUGGGGGGCUCAUUGGUGCUGGUCUGACGCAGGUUUUUGGUGUCACAAAAGACAGAUUUGAUAACCUGGCUAUCUUGAUAAUCCUAUGCAACCUCAGCUCAUUGUUGCCGUUGCCUCUCCUCGGUCUACUACCCCAGGAUGGUCCAGAUGCCACUGAGAAAGAGAGUGGAGAUAUUGAAAUGAAAUCUAGUUAAAUUCUCUACAUCUUGCUCUCUAUCGUUGCGAUAUAUGUGCAUCGUCAUUUGGUGGACUGUAAAAUUUAGAAAUAUUGCUGAAGUAUUUUCUAUUCUUCUUACAGAUAUCAUAUAACAGAGCGGUGAGAGAAGGGGAGAGUACUGUAAAUAUCAGCACAAUAGACAUAGAGAAAUGAUCCUUCGAAAUGUCAUUCUUCUGGGCCAACAAUUAAGUAUAUUUUAAUUAAACCACUGUGUUGCCUGUAACAAGUUCCAGGUAGUGAUGGAGGAAUUAAUCAAAUAUUUUAAUAAUAUAUUAUUA